AAAGAUAAGAAGAAAAUCGCCCAUUAAGUAAACAGUAGCUGAAAAUGGGAAAUAAAAAGCUCACAUAGCCAGGCACAACCACUAAAUGGUUUCUAUUGUGCUUAUGGAAAAUUACUACUUUGCUGGCUGGCCUAUGGCCACCAACCAUGUUGCUCAAUGCAACUCUGCACCAAACAGUGAUCAAUCUCCUUUUUCAGUCCCAACAAAAAUACUCCCUCUUGCUUCUGACCCUGCCUCUCUUCAAUUUGGUGAGUUCCCUUCAUGGCCUACCCCCAUUGAAGGGGCUGCAGAAGAUAGACCUGCAAGUGCUUCCAAGAGCCACAGCCAAGCAGAGAAAAGGCGCAGGGACAGGAUCAAUGCACAACUUGCAACUCUCAGAAAACUGAUUCCAAAAUCUGAUAAGAUGGACAAGGCAGCUUUACUAGGGAGUGUGGUAGACCAUGUGAAAGAUCUAAAGCGAAAAGCCGAGGAUGUCAGCAAAGCCAUUACUGUUCCAACUGAAAUUGAUGAAGUAACAAUUGACUAUCACCCAGCUCAAGAUGAAAGCUACACUACAGUAAACAUAUUAAAGGAAAACAUAGUCAUUAAAGCUUCUGUUUGCUGUGAUGAUAGACCAGAACUGUUUCCUGAGCUUGUUCAAGUCCUCAAAGGCUUGAGACUCACAGCAGUUAAAGCUGACAUAGCAAGUGUGGGUGGAAGAAUCAAAAGCAUAUUGGUACUUUGCUCUAAGGAUAGGGAAGAGGGUAGUGUUUGCCUUAGCACUCUCAAACAAUCCCUUAAAUCAGCAGUGAACAAAAUUGCUUCCUUAUCCGUGGCAACAAAUUGUCCCACUAGAAGCAAGAGGCAGAGGUUCUUCUUGCCAUCUCAUUAUGUACAAUAAUUUAUUGCAAAAUCUUUUUUCUUUUCUUCUUAUUAGGAGGGUCAUGUCAGUAGGUGAUAUAAUUCGUUUUCAUUUUUCAACAUUUGUUUACUUAUCAGACAUAAGCAUAAGCGUUGGUUUUGUGCCUCCAAUUAUAUAUGGUUUCGUUACACGG